CUGCCUCGCGCCGGCAAAUGCUCGGGACAAGGAAGCUGCGUGGCUGCAUCUCCUGCCGGCUGCCGCACUGAGCUGUUCCUUUUCCGAGCAGGUCCCUGGAAAUCGCUGCCCCGGGCUAUGCGCUGCCGACCGUUGCCCAAAAUUUUCCAGCUCCGAGCUCCAGAUCCCCGUCCCGUGAGGUGAGACACCCACCACACCAACACCAGCAACAUCAUCACAUGCCCUUUUCUCCUUGCCCCGUGGCCAGAGUAGUGUCAGCAACAGCGGAUCCUUGAAAUUGGGCAACUUUUCCAACUCCCUCUCCCACUAUCCUGUCGUGGUAGCUGCAAGAGACAGCCCCAAAAAAGACCCAAACCGUCUCCCCACGAACCGAACCGUCGCCAUGUCGAAAACCACUUCCCUCGCCCUCAUGGCGCUAGGCGCCGGAGGCGGCGCCGCGCUCACGGCCUCGAUCUACUCCAUGCGCUCCCAAAAGCAACCUCCCACCGCGACGACAACGGCACCGACGACAAACUCCUCCUUCUCGACAGCUCCCACCGUCCCCAUCCCAAGCACCCAAGUCUUCACCAACCCCAACGCCGUCCCGCUCCCUCCCUCACCCUCCGGCGGCCCGGGUCCCGUCCCCGUAGCGUCGGGCAGCCCCGUCGACCCAGCAGGCAUCUUCGAAUACGGCUUCCCGGGCCCCGUAGCCGACCUCGCGACCCGGCAAGGGCUCGUCUCCUCCUUCGACCGCCGCACCCGCAACCCGCACUACGUCGUCGAGCACAUCACACCCGCCUCCCUCGCCCAGCGCGACGGCGACCGCAAGCACAGCGUCUUCCUCGAAGACGCCUCCGUCCCCGAAAAGUUCCAGGCCAAGCUCAAGGACUACUUCCGCAGCGGCUACGACCGCGGCCACCAGGUCCCCGCCGCCGACUGCAAGUGGUCCCAAAAGGCCAUGGACGACACCUUUUACCUCACAAACAUGUGCCCGCAGGUCGGCGACGGCUUCAACCGCGACUACUGGGCCCAUUUCGAGGACUUUUGCCGUCGCCUGACGACGCGGUACCCUUCCGUUCGCAUCGUCACCGGACCCUUGUACCUCCCCAAGCGCGACCCCGUCGACGGCAAGUGGUACACAAAGUACGAGGUCAUCGGCAACCCGCCCAACGUCGCCGUGCCGACGCACUUUUACAAGGUCAUCUUCGCCGAGGACGGGAAAGCCGGCGGCAACGUCGCCAUUGGCGCCUUUGUGAUGCCCAACGCGCCCAUCCCCAACUCCAAGCCGCUGUCCGAGUUCGAGAUGCCGCUCGAGGCCGUGGAGCGCGCUGCGGGACUCGAGUUUGCGAGCAAGCUUGCGCCGCAGCGCCGCAAGAGGCUCUGUACCGAGGCGACGUGCGCCAUUGUCGUCAAGGAGUACGCGGAUAGGCAGAAGCAGAUUGGCGGCGGCGGCAAGGGCCGUUCAUAGAAUGGAUCGGCGGGGUUGCUGAAGGAUCAUGGGGGCGUGCGUGGGGAGGUUGCUUUCCGAUAUGGACCAUUGGGGUUUCUUCUAUUUGGCGGGGAUUUAGCAUAAGGCCGAGUUGGCUCUUCAUAGUUUCUCCUCUGCUUUCACAUAUGUACCAUUACUGUACUUUGAAAGGGGAAAGCAACCCGAGGAGAGAGAGACACACAGAAUAGGGGUCGGCUGCAUCGCAUAUUUGCAUACACAGAGCUACGACACAAGCAUCAUGCGAAGUCAUCCAAGCUACAGGCAGUGGGGCACAUGUACACUAGACAAGCCUGGUCAGUCGACAGUUGUCGACAGCAUGCCUUCACAUACA